AUGGCUAAAGGACUUACUGAUAAAGAGCUGGAACAAAUUAUUGAGUCUGAUGAGUUCUGGGAGGAUUUCGACGUGAAUAAUACUGCAUCAUCGUCAUCUUCCACUUACGAAUACAAUGAAAAUACUAUUGAAAAGGAGGAUAAACGUGAUGCAUGCGAAAAACUUUUUACGUUUGGGGACCAGAGCGAUCAAGAAGAGGAAGACGAAGAGGAACUAAGUACCCACGAUACGGACAGUGAGCAGGAAUGGCAGCCUUCCGACGAACAAAAUGAAGACGAAGAACAUUCAGCUAGUACCAGUAAUGAAGAUGUGAAUUUAAACAGAAAGGAAGUUCCAAAAGCUUUGUAUGGAAAAGAUAGAACAAAAUGGUCUACUACUGCUCCAGUAAGAGGAAAGACUCUUGCAAAAAACAUCAUAAAAGUUUUGCCCGGUUUGAAAGGAAAUGCAGCACAACACAAACCUCAAUCUGCCUUACAAGCCUGGAAGUUGCUUCUGACAGAUGAAAUAUUUGGACAAAUUAUAACUCAUACUAAUACAAAAAUCAGAUCAGUUCAAAGUCAUUAUGGAAAGUUCAAGAAGAAGAGCAAUAGCAGGUCGGAAUUUCGGCCUUCAUUUAUUGGUGAAACUGACAAAACAGAAAUUGAGGCAUUUGUUGGUCUUCUAUACUUCCUUGGGUUAUACAAGUCAGGCCAUGAAGAUUUAAGGUCCCUUUGGGCUACUGAUGGAACGGGACGUGACAUAUUUAGAUGCACGAUGUCACUUGCUAGGUUCUCCUUUCUCUUAUGCUGCCUUCGAUUUGACGACGAACUAACACGAAAAGAAAGAAUGAAAAAUACCAAACUAGCCGCUUUAGGAAAUCUUUUUGAAGAAUUUAUCCAAAACUGUAAAGGAAACUACUCACCCGGGGAAUACUUGACCGUAGAUGAGAUGUUGGUACCGUUUCGCGGACGCUGCAGUUUUAAGAUGUUUAUUCCAAGCAAGCCCGCUAAAUACGGUCUUAAAGUACAAGUUCUUGCAGACUCAAAAACUCAUUAUUUGCUAAAUGCAGACAUUUAUGCGGGAAAGUCGCUGGAGAAAAGUAAAUGCAAAUUAUCUCAACCAACACAAGUUGUUCUUCGCUUGGUGGAAUCGGUAAUUGGAAGUAAUAGAAAUAUCACAGGUGACAAUUGGUAUUCUUCUGUAGAGUUGGUAGAUGAGUUAAGUAAAGUAAAUGUAACCUACGUGGGCACUCUGAAAAAAAAUAAAAGGUGUAUUCCUAAAGAAUUUUUGCCGUCUAGAUUGCGUCAAGAAUUUUCAACAGAGUUCGGCUUUACUUCUGGAAAAACUCUCGUUUCAUAUGUACCGAAGAAAAACAAGUCAGUGAUUUUGAUUUCCAGUAUGCAUAAUGAUUCAUCUGUUGAUAAUGAAACAAAAAAACCGGAAAUCAUUUUGUUUUACAACGACACAAAAGCUGGAGUAGAUGCCCUCGAUCAAAAAUGUUCCAAUUAUUCAACUUCCAGGAAAACUCGCCGUUGGCCCAUGGCAUUAUUCCACAUGAUGCUAAAUGUUGCAGGAAUCAAUUCUAGAGUAUUACUUCAAUUUCAAGGAAUUUCUUGUUUAAUUUAG